AUGACAUUUUCUUGUAUUUCUGAGGUAUAUUUGUAUUUCUGCUACUACCACUACGGAUAUUUACCACAAAAUACAGGAUUUCUCAGCUGCAUAACACUGAUAUUAACACACACAAAAAUGAACAAGAAUGAAUUCACUCCGAUCGAUACUCAAUAUACAACUGGACAAGAAGCUCCAAAUAUUGCUUCAAUAUUUACAUCAAGAAAACAUUUCAUGGAAUGGUUUCGUUCCUACUUUGAUCGAUCAUUAUUAAUCUUCCAACUGUUCUACUUUGCCUAUUAUGCUGCAUUUGGUUCCCUAUUCCCCCUGAUAUCAAUUUAUUUUAAACAACUCGGUUUAAAUGCUUUACAAUGUGGGAUAUUAAGUGGAACACGUGCACUGUGUGAAUGUUUCGCUGUCCCAUUUUGGAUUGCAUUAGCUGAUAAAUGGAAAAAGGGUAAAAUGUUUGUCCUUGUCAGUUUAGUUUGUGCUAUGGCAUUUACACUUGGCUUAGGAUUUGUACGUCCAACACCAGAAGGUUGUUUGGUCAGUCUACCGAGGUCAUCAGCAGCACGAUACAAUGCAACACGGGUAAACAGCGAUGAUGGUGAAGAUGGAUUAAUUCUGAGUAUUAUUCAACCCUAUAAAGCAUCAAGAUACGAUGAUAUCAAAUCGGUUGAUAUGGAUAGAGAUUUAGCGCUGAAGAUACGUAACCAAUUGGGACAAUCGCCACUUUAUUUAAAUACAAAGCUGUUAGUCUCUCCACCAAAAAUGAAAGCUACACGUUGGGGUAGUGGUGUUGGCCAACAGACAGGCGAUCAAAAUCUGUAUGCAAGAACACAAGCCUAUCAUGAUCCAACACAAUAUCCACCUGGUAGUCUUGUUAUGCCGCUUUAUUCAACUGUCGUCUACAGCCAGACAAAAAUUAAUCAAAUUUUUAUUGUCAUCUUAUUACUACUGAUAUUUGGUGAGAUUAUGUCAUGUGCUGCUAUCCCUAUAGUCGACGCGGCUGUAGUACAACAAGGCGUCACUGAAGUAUGCAAUAGUUAUGAAAGACAACGGAUAUUCGGUUCACUUGGUUGGGCACUGUCAAUGUUUUUUAUCGGUUUAACACUGGAUCAUUCUACAAGCUUUCCAGACUAUCCAUGCUUACAUCCUGGUUAUCGUGAGAAGAAUUACAUGGUCUGUUUUGCUACAUAUUCAGUAUUUAUUGCCUGUGCACUGUUCAUUGCCACCCAGUUCACUUUUCAAUAUGAAGGUGAUUCAGAAAGUAUGUACUUUAAACUAGUGAAAGACAAGAUGGCGAAAACAUUUUUGGGUAGACAAACUAAAAAUCGUUCAAAGUUAGUGAAUGAGGAUGAAGAAGAUGGUGAACCAGCGGUUACCGCGACAGGUGGUACUGGUAAAGAUUGGAAACCGACAAGUGAAAUGUCUAGCGAAUUUGAAAAGGCUACAUUUGUUAGUGGAGCGAAACCAAGUAAACAGAGUAAUGAAGAGAUACUGGAACAACAACUCGGUAUAAAAUUUGAUCGUAAAGACGGUGGUGAUGCGAUUAAAAAUCAAAAUUCAGUUGAUACAAGACAAGAGGAGCUGGCAGCUGCUGCACAAUUAAAGGUAACAAGAUGGUUCCACGCCUUGAAACAAUUUCGUCAACCUCGAUUGUUACUGUUUCUCUUUGUUAUUUGGUUUAUGGGUUUGGGUUUAGGGCAGGUAUUUACUUUUCUAUUUUGGCAUAUGCAAGAGUUGAAUGGAUCACCAACUCUAUUCGGUAUUGCAUCAGUGAUAAAUCAUGUUUCAGAGAUAUUCAUGUAUCAGUUCAGUAAACAAAUUAUUGAUAAAAUUGGUCAUUUGAAAGUCUUAUAUUUGGGAUUAGUUGGGAAUGUGUCGAGAUUUCUUUAUGUUUCAUGGAUAACCAAUCCAUGGUGGAUUUUGCCAUUUGAAUUUAUACAAGGUCUCACACAUGCUGGUGUAUGGGUAGCAUGUUGCUCGUAUAUUAUGCAAGCAUUUCAACCAGAAUUUCGUUCAUCAACACUUGGAUUCUUACGGGCUAUUCAUUAUGGAUUGGGACGUGGUUUAGGCGCUAUAUUUGGUGGACUUGUAAUAUCAAGUUAUGGAACUCCUGCAAUGUUUCGGUCUUAUGGUGUUGCCUCAGCUCUAGUGUUGUUGGCCUUUUUAGUACUAAAUUACUUUAUGCCUAUACCAGCAGUUAGCGAAGUAUCAAGUGAAGAGGAUAAAAUGUAUUCUGACAUUGCAUCUAGUAAAACAAAUGUAAAUCAAACACCAUUUGGUAAUGCAUUUCAAACAAGUGAUGUAACGCAUGAUUACUACCUACAAAAGGAGAAAAGCCAACAACCAUUAUCACCAAAACAACAAAUGCCGUAUUCAUCCGUCAAUGGUCAACAGCAACAACAACAAUAUGGACCGCUAAAAGACACGUAUCGUCAAGGCUACUAAUGCAAUAACUAAUGCCAUCUACUUAUUUUAUGGUUAUUCAACUAUUUCUUUUAAGAAUCUCAUCUAAUUGCAUAGCACAAAGUUGAAUAUUUAUAGUAUUUAUCGACAAAAAAAGACAUUGGUUGUGAAGAAAACGAUUCUUGAGAACUUUUGAUCAAGCAGUUAACUGACAAAAUAACCCCACAUCUAGUAUAAUUUCACAUUCUUUAUGAUGACAAAUGAAAAGUGUUCAUUAGCUGACAUUUCCUUAUCAAGCAGUCCACCUUCUAUCGUCUACAUUUAUUCAACACAUAAGGAUAAAUAGUAAAAAUAAUGAAUGUUUACUGCAAUUAUUUUCAUUUCAGUUGCUAAGCAGCUUGUUGUACCAUUUAGAUAUAAUUCUUCGUACCAUUUUAUUCAAAUUUACCGCCAAAGAUAUUUAUGCUUGAAUUAAAAGAAAUAAUGCAUUAUUUAUGAAUGGUUGUGAUUUGAUUCUGUUUACCGCUAAAUAUAUGAUUACUCUUUACCUUCUUAUAUAUAUACAUAUAUGCAUUCAUGAAUUCCAUUUAUUUGAAACUUAAAUCUCUGAGUAAACAUUUACAAUAUACAUCCUUGUUUAAAUGUUUAUAAAAUAACUUUUAUGGAAA